AUGGAAAAGCAAAUGGCUGAGAUUUACACACGCAAGAUUUUUCUUAAGUUUCAAGAUGAGUUGUGGAAUAGCUUAGUAAUAAUGCCACAAUUUGUUCGUGAAAAUGCUACACACAAAAUGUAUGUGGUCGAGAGUAGUCCAAAAGAACAUGUUCGUAGAGUGCGGGAAAUUGCUUAUGAUAAAGAAUUGGACUUUGCAUCUUAUACAUGUAAGAAGUUUGAGAGUGAAGGACUUCCCUGUAGACAUAUCUUGGCAUUCUUGAGACUGUUUGGUAACAUUCCUUUGCCAAAUCAAUAUAUAAUGAAAAGGUGGACUAGAGGUGCAAAAUGUCAAAUAAUAACAGAUAAUCAAGGUGUUGAGAUAGGUGGACAGCAUAGUUCAAUGUUGACUUGGCGAGCUAAACUAUUCCAACUUGCUUCGGAAGUCAUUGAUAAAGCCAUAAUAUAUGAUGAGGCAAGUGUAAUUGUGAAUGAUGGUCUUGAAAGUUUGCUAGGCAAGAUUGAAUCCAUAGUUAGCAACACGAAAAGUGGAGGCAUUUCUGAAAAAGGUAGCACUGCUCAUGACUAUGAGGCUUUGAAAGACCCAUCUGCUGUGAGGGCAAAGGGAUGCGGACAAAGAUUAAAAAGGGGAAAGGAGAAGGCAACAAAUGCCACAAAAUAUAGAGGUCGACGUUGCAAUGGAUGUGGAAAAAUUGGGCAAUCGCACGACAAAAGAAACUGUCCACUCCUCAACAAUCCGUCCUCACAAAAUGAGGAAAGUCCUCAGCACGCCUCGGAAUAUGAUUCUAAAGCUGAUAGUUUGUCUUCCACAGGUCUGCAUGAGAAAAUGAAAGGAUGA